AUGAAGACUGCCUUCUUCCUCAUCGUGGCCGCCGCCAUGAGCGUGCUCGCCGCUCCGGUGCUCACGCCCAAGUCCACGGACGUGGACGACCUCAUUGUCUACCCGGAGCCAGACGUGGACGACACCAUUGUCUACCCCGAGCCGGACGCUGACUCCGAGAUCAUCUACCCAGAUCUCUACACUGAUGACUAA